UGGGACAUUACACAUCUCAGUAUGAUUCAGCUGUGCGUUGUGUUGGCCGUCGCCGCCGCUGCCCAGGCAGGGUACGCUCCUCUGACCGCAUCCUACGCCGCCCCAGCCCCACUGUCCUACGCCUACACGUCCCACCCCGCGCCGCUCACCUACGCUGCCCCCGCAGCCCCCAUAGUCGCCCACCACGCUCCAGUAGCCUACCAUGCUCCUGUCACGUAUCACGCCCCUGUACUGCCAGCAGCUCCACUCAAGUACGUCGCUCCAGCUCCUCUCAGAUACGUAGCUCACGCUCCGGUCGCUCCAGUCCGGUACGCUGCGGUCGCUCCAGCUGUUUCCUACGCCACCGGACCUGCUCCUGUACGUUAUGUCGCUCCAGCUCCUCGCUAUGUUGCCCCUGCUCCGGUUAGAUACGUCGCUCCGGCCCCAGUGGUUGCCCACGCCCCCGUGGUCGCACACGCCCCCGUAGUCGCGCACGCCCCAGCACCAGUCGUCGCUUCUGCCCCGGUAGCCCUCGCCAAAGCUGAACCCGUUGAUCCCAACCCUUCCUACCACUUCUCCUACGGCGUGAACGACGCUACCACUGGUGAUGUGAAGAGUCAAGAGGAGAGUCUUCAGGACGGAGUUCUCUCCGGACGCUACAGCCUGGCCGAGCCGGACGGCUCCGUCCGGACUGUUUCCUACACCGCUGACCCCGUCAAUGGGUUCAACGCGCACGUAGAGAAGACGCCGGCUGCCCACGGCGGCCCCGUGCCUCCCGUAGCGUCCGUCACCCCCGUCAUCACCACCGAGUCUCAAGCCGAGCUCUUCCGUUGACCUCGAGUAGUCUAGAGUGUGAAUGUGCCUGACUGACUAUUUAUUAAAUGUUUUGCGAAUGAUA